GAAAACCUCACAGAUUUUCUCUCUCUCUCUCUCUCUCUACCACACUGAAUUCUGGGAUUGUUCAGAUUAAGGAUUAAGGAUCAAGCACUCCUACCACUCUACUGCACAUGUCAACCUUGGAUUAUUAAUACUAAGGGUUCUCUCUUCUAGUUUGACCAUACCUCAUAUCUCAACUCUUUGAGGGCUUUGAAAUUUAUAGCCAUUUUUUUGAAAACCUGGGCUGUUAAUAAUAAUAAUAAUAAUAAUAAUAAUAAUAAUAAUAGGGGAUCAUCAGUUUGUUGCUUUUGUGCUGAAGAAUCAGGCUGUUAAGGGCUCAUUUACUAAUCCCUGUCAAUGUAAAAUCUUGGACUAUUAAUAUUAGGGCUCAUCUUUUUCCCUUUUUAUCUCAUUAUAUCAAAGAAUUAGGUUGUUAAUAUUAGGGAUUGCUAAUCUAUCCCUAUCAUAUAGAAGACCUGGACUGCUAAUAGGGGGGAAUCAGCUAUUUGUGACUUCAGUCUUAACCCUUUAAUAUCUAUACAAGGGGUCAAAUCACUCCACUUGUUGCUGUUCCUGCUGAAAUUCUGUUGAAUAUCUGACGCCAGACACAGGUAACUCUGAAGUUCUUAUAUCAUAGGUAAGCUGUUUCUUCCUAAUAUUUGUAAAUCUUAAGUGUUAACCCCAGAACUAGACUGUUAGCCUCCAACAAAGCUAACACAUCCAAAAGUAAAAACCAUUUAAAGUGGGGCUGGUCUGAUAAAACUGCAGUGCUUAAAUUUGGGGGUUAUAUCCUGUAUUCCUUAAAACAUAUUCACAUCUCAGUUACUAAGAUUAGGGGCAAAUUAAGUGAGGAAUAAGGUGAAUACAAGAGAGAUAUGCAGUUAGUCCCUUAAGAUAGUUAAAUUUGUGAUGCCUUAAGGAUAGUAAAAUUCUAUUAGUCUGCAGAAUACAGAACUUUGGGAUUAAUUCAUUAGCAUUUGGAGAAGCUUCCAGUUAAUUCUUCAACAUCUUCAAGCACAGUGGACGGGAUGACUAGCAUAAAGGACCUUCAGAAAGCCCUAGCAAUCAAGCAGAUCCAAAGACCGAAAAUGCGUUUGUUGAACCGCCUGUCGUCCCUCGUGCUCAUUAUCUUAUUUGCGAGCGUCCUUCUGAUUGUAAUGAACGUGGUAGUGCUGCACAAGAUCUGGCAGGAGCAGGUCAAUCUGAGAGAAGGACCAAUGAAGAUGCUGUUUGAACCAGGACCACCAAUCGAUGACAUCAACGUAAACAACAUCGACAGCAACAAUGACGCCAACCCCAAUCUUGAUGGUGAUGCUAAAAUCAACAUUCCUCCAAGACAAGUUAUGGCAGAUCUUCCAGUGAACCGCAUCGCCAAUGCGAAAUCAGGGCCAACUCUUUGGGUUCAUGCAAAGAAGCUGGAAUCUGGCUAUUUACAGCACGUGUUUAACGUGUUUGAAUCGCUGGGAUUUGCAACCAACGGAGGAGAAAAUAAUUGGGACGUGUUGUGGUCACACGAAUAUCCUUUUGAUGUGUUGGACCAUGUGAUAAGAAGAAUGAAGCCGGGCCAAAAGGUCAACCAUUUCCCUGGGUCCGGCUACAUCACAAACAAGGUUUCCCUAGCAACAAGUGAAUUCAAAUUUGUACCAAAAGCUUUCAAGUUACCGGAAGACAAAAACAAAUUUCAAAAUUACAUAAAACGGUUUCCAAAUAAAUUAUGGGUUCAGAAAAGCAACAAUCACAGAGGAAUAAGAAUUUUGGCGCCAAAUGAGCUUGACUUGUCGAAAGAGGGAACAUUCGUACAGGAAUAUAUAUCAGAACCUUUGCUAAUAGAUGGACAUAAGUUUGACAUUGGUGUCUAUGCUGUCCUGACGUCCAUCAACCCAGUCAGAGCAUAUGUACUUGAAACAGAAGCACUGUUUAGGUUCUGUCCAGUGAAAUAUUACCCGUUUGAUGCUUCUAACGUCGACAAAUAUGUUGUAGGGGACAUUUACACCGCUCUAUGGAAGAUACCAACAUUCUAUAAACUCUACAAAGAACGUGGUUUUACAUUCAAAGAAUCAUUCAAUUAUUAUUUGAAAUCUCAAGGUAACAAUAAACUUUCACCUCUCUGUCUUUUUCUUUUUCUCUCCCCCACUCAAUCCCUUAAUUCUCACUACGAUCAUGGUUGGGCAUUCACGACAAAAAACUUCUUUGAAUUGGUCCGAUUUGAUUUUGUUCUUGACAAAGACUUUAACAUUUAUUUGAUGGAGGCCAACAUGUCACCAAAUCUAUCAUCUCGUACUCAUGAAGAGAAUGCUCGACUUUACGAACAUGUAAUUUUUAAUAUGUUGAGUGUGGUGGGUAUAGCUACAAGAGCAGCCCUAAACUUCCCCAACAUAGUCCUCGAUGACAACAACAUGGAGGUGUCUGACGCGGACAUCAAUGUGUUCAGUGACCGAUGUAUGGCACCAGAAUGUAAAGCAUCAAAUUGUACAUUAUGGAAAUGUCGGCUGUGUAAUUAUUGUAUGACACCCAGAGAGAAACUCAUUGCUAAAAUGGCCUACUUGGAACACAUCAACCGAGGAAAUACAAGACGAAUCCUCCCCCCCGUGGCCGACACAGCUGAAGAAUUGGCCAUUUUGACCCAAACUGAAAUCUCUCAAAAGAGUGAAGAGAAUAAAUUUAUGGCAUUAUGGUUUCUUGGACAGUGCCAAAGAGAUGCAACUUGGUGCCAUUAGCAUAAAACCAUUUAUUCAUCCCAAACAUGAUGCUGCUUAUGUCUUAAGAUGUCCUUGGAAUAUUACCAACAAGAAACCCACAUACACUUAUAAGGUACCUCUCUGUUCUAUGAGGUACCUAUAGAUGCUCAAUAUUGCCUACAGGAAACUUAUAUGUUCUUAAGGUACUAUACGUACCCAAUAUGAUUCUCUAGGCAUUACAAGAGAAACAAUAAACUAUAAGUAUCUCAUAAGAUGUCUUGAGGUACCCUGAAUGAUCUAUGAGGUACCCUGAAUGAUCUAUGAGAAACCUAAUGUACUUAUAACGUACAUAUGUUCUAUAAGGUACUCAGAGGAACUAAAUGUGAGUCACAAAUCUAUAAGGUACCUAUAAGAUAUCUAGAGAUACUCAGGGUAACUGGAUAUUACUUACAAACAACUAUAUUACCAACAAGAUAUGUCAUUCUUCCAUAAGGUACCUAUCAGCACAGAAAAUAUUGUUGCUUGUGCAGAAUCAAUUUGUACAAAGAGGUACUCAAUAACGCAUACUGGAAACCUACAUGUACCAAUCAGGUACCACUGUUCUUGAAAUACAGUGAGUAUUCUCAGAGAUACUCAGUGUGAGAUCUUGGAUAUUACCUGCAAAAUGCUUAUAAGUACCUAUUAUAUAAGGUACCUUGGCUACUUAAUGUGAGCACUUGGAUAUGAUCUACAGAUAACAAGACUAUAUGCAUCUUAAGGUACCUCAGCUCCUCAGGGUACCUAUAGCAACUGCAUAUCACUUAAUAAUAGCUAUAUGUACCUACAUGAUAAUAAGGUGCAUAUAAUGUUUCUUUAUUUCCUAUGGAAACUCCUAUGUACAUAUAUGGUACCUGUGUUUUAUAAGGUACUUAUAGGUGCUAAGUGUGAAUGCUUGGACAUUUAUUUACAGACAACGAACCUAUGUGCACCUGCAAGGUACACCUCUAUUGUAUAUGGUACCCAUGGGUACUCAAUAUGGCCUAUAACAAAUCUGUAAUCACCUGUCAAGUACCCUUGUUCCACUAAACAGUACCUCAAGGUACUUAAUGUUGCCUCUUGGCUCCUUGUCAAUCACCAAAUAUGAAACUGCUCAUCAAUCACAUACAUGACUGACCUCAGGUCACUCACCACUCACUCACACAUAAGUGACUUCAGGUUAUUCACACGCACCGUUCAGUCACACAUAUAACUGGCCUCUGGUCACUCAUCAAUCAUAUGCAUAAAUGGCCCCUAGUCACACAUCAGUCACAUACUUGAUUGACUUCAGGUCACUCAUCAAUCGUACACAUAACUCACCUUAGGUUAUUAUUUCAUUUAGCAUUACAACCUAUGGGUAACGAAGUGUGUGUGUGUGUGUGUGUGUGUGUGUGUGUGUGUGUGUGUGUGUAGUGCAUAUGUAAGUGUGUGUGUAUGUGUAUUAGAAAAUAAGAUAUUAUUGACAAGAUUCAGACUUAAUAUAUAUAUAUCUCUCUGCCGAGGUGGACUUUGCCUUUCACAAGUACCAGUUAAGAACUGGAGUCAUUGUAAUCGCCUUACCCCCACCCCCAAAUUGCUGGCCUUGUGCCAAAAUUUGAAACCAUUAUACAUAUCUCCCUCUCUCUUUCUGUCCCCAUUGUUUCUCCAUCAAUUUUUCUCUCUUUCACUCACUGUCUGUCUGUCUGUCUGUCUUUCAGUCUCUGUGUUUGUCCUUCUGUCUCUCCCUGUGUUUAUCUGUCCCUUUUCUCUUUCUCUGUCUAUCUAUUAUCCUCUUUCUCCCCCCUCUGGUCAUAUCUCUAUCCUCCUCUCUCUCUCGACUUUUCCUCUUCCCACAUGUUCCCCACAAUAUUCCACAAAUCUUCAACCCAAACCCCACUUCAUUUCCCCCCUUUUUUUUGUCCCAGAAUGCAUCAAAUACCCUGCCAUUUAUAACCCUCAAGAACCAACAUGGGCAGCCAUUUUCAACAAGUGGGCCCACAUGAGACAUGGCUCACCAUUUAGUGGGCUGCACUACUUAAAAAAAAAUACAAGCUGACUUUUCAUUUAAGCAUGAAAGUCCCAAGGGGCCACAGUUUGCCCCAUGACUAAUUUAAAAUGACUGCCAGGCCCCAUGACCCUUGUUAUGGUCUCUUUGAAUGAAUAUUUAAUAAAUUAAAACACCUUGACAUGUCUCGGGGAUGAAAUAUGGAAAUGGAAAAAUUUCCACAGAAAAUGCAAAUCUGUAAAUAAUAAUUUCACUUUCAAAAUAUUGUUGUUGUUGUUAUUGUUGCUGCUAUUAUUGUUAUUUCUGUUUUUGUUUAACCCCAGGUAGUCCUGAUUGAGCUGUCCUAUGAUCAAAGGCAUUCCAGCCAUGACCAUCGCGUCUUUUCGCCAACACAGUAUAUCCAGAACCUAUUAUUCGAUGUGUCCUUCCUUCUUUAAGACAAUGUGGUUUUCAGUUAGAUUUGUUUGCUAUUUCUUAUUUCUUUAUUGCCCACAAGGGGCUAAAUAUAGAGGGGACAAACAAGGACAGACAAAGGGACCAAGUCGAUUACAUCGACCCCAGUGCCUAACUAGUACUUAAUUUGUCGGCCUCGGAGGAAUUUGAACUCAGAAAGUAACGGCAGACGAAAUACCGCUAAGCACUUCGCCCGGGGUGCUAACGUUUCUGCCAUCUCGCCGUUUGCUAUUUCUAGCAGAUCGACUCCAGAUCAGGAACACCUACGAAUUAAAAGUAUCCCAGCAAUUCACUCCUGGCUCCUCUUUGAGGGUGUUUGUAACAGCUUCCCCUGUGGAGCAACACCGGAGGCUCACCCUUCCAGAAGUAUUCCCCUGUCCAUCGCGUGCCAUCGAA